GAGAAGAUAAAAGGGCAGAAGCAAGAGAAGAAAUAUGAGAAAAUAAAACACCCAAAUUUGAGGCUAAACCCGAAGCCACGAAGCCACCCGAACUUCAGUUAGGAGGCGAAUUCGGCGGCGGAGACAGCACACCGAAGGAUUCUCGACAAUGAACAGGUGGUUCAUUGAGCCUUUCAGGAAGUUUGCGGCGGCCGGCGGACGGCGGUGCUUGGUCAAGGACGCUCAUUGCGACUUCACUCAUGGCGUUUCCGAUGAGUUUAAGACGCCCAGAGCCGUUCCGAGGACGCCCAAUGUUUCUGCAUUUAUGGCCAUGCUCGGCCUACCUCCCUUACGUCUCAACCCCCUCUUGCCUUCCUCAGUAGAGAAUUCGGAGGGAUUCCAAUUCUCCGGCGAGGAGUCGUCUCCGCCAUUAAAUGAAGGCGAAGUUUCUCAGUUCCAAACUCACCAUAGAAAGAAGGAAAAAUCUCAGCGAUCUGUGGAUUCGACUUUCCUUCAUUUUCCGUCGCUUUCUCGGCAUUUUCCUUCGACUUUCCGAUCGGCGAUCCUCAACGCGCAGCGGCAAUACGCAACGUGUGCUGAGGUCCAGAAGCCUUCUCAGGAAUCGGAAUCGGAAUCGGAAUUGGACGGUGAAUUUGANUAA